UAUUUUUGAAAUAAAUGAAAAUACUAAGAACAAUAUCACAUGCGAAAAGUGGCUAGCAUAUAAUGCAUAAAUACUCAAAUUUCCAUAAAUAAAACGAUUUUGAUUUAAAUCGAUGGAGUUAAUGCUCUGAUAUUUGAUGUUUCAUCGGUAGAAGAUUCAAAAUUUGGUUGGUUAUGAGAGUGUCCAUGGCCUCUCUCCCGCCAAGCCGUAACUAAAAAAACCAAAGAGAAGUAGAAAAUCUUUGCAUGGACCAAGCAACCACAUUUGCUAAAGCUCUUCUCAAGAAUACCAACAAUCCCAAAUUGGCAUGGCUUCUCUUCAAACGUACACUUUCCUCCCCCAUUUCUACUUCCUCUGAUCUCACUCUUCGCUCAGUACCCAUCGUCGCUCGUAUCCUUGUUGGCGCCAAAAUGGACCGAGAAAUCGACUCUCUUCAUCAACUUCUUCUUCGGUCGGAGCCCCCUGAAACUGCUCAUGCUUGUGGUGUUUCCUUGGUCAGAAUUUUGGCCAAGUCGGGUCUCCCUGACAAGGCUGUUUCGCAGUUCAAAUCUCUUCGAUUACGAUUCCCAAAUAAGCUUCCUUCAGCUUUUUUGUAUAAUUUGCUUCUUGAAUCUUCUGUUCGUGCGAGAAAUGUGGAUUUUGUGUUGUGGUUGUAUAAGGACAUGAUUGUUUCUGGGGUCGACCCGGAAACUUAUACUUUCAACCUUUUGAUCAGCGCCUUGUGUGACUUUGGUCAUGUGGAUGAUGCACGGGAGAUGUUUGACAAAAUGCGUGACAAGGGUUGUUGUCCGAAUGAGUUUAGUAUUGGACUUUUGGUUCGCGGGUAUUGUAGAGCUGGGUUUAGCGACAAAGCCUUGGAGAUUUUGGAUAAGACAAGUGAUAUUUUACCUAAAAGGGUUGUGUAUAAUACUUUAAUAUCUAGCUUCUGUAAAGAAGGUAGGACUGAAGAAGCUGAGAAAUUAGUAGAGAGGAUGAGAGCCAGCAAUAUGUUUCCAGAUGUUGUUACUUUUAAUUCUAGGAUUUCGGCUCUUUGUCACUCGGGCAAAAUUCUUGAAGCUUCUAGGAUAUUUAGAGAUAUGCAUAUAGAUGAAGAGUUGGGUCUUCCCAAGCCAAAUAUCAUAACAUAUAAUUUAAUGUUAGAAGGAUUUUGCAAAGAAGGAAUGGUAGAAGAGGCGAGGUCCCUGUUUGAAUCUAUGAAAAGGAAAAGUGAUGUUAUACAUUUGGAAAGCUAUAACAUAUGGUUGUUGGCUCUGAUGAGGAGCGGGAAGUUGUUAGAAGCAAGAUUGCUCCUUAAAGAAAUGGUAGACCAAGGAUUAGAGCUGAGUGUAUGCACAUAUAACAUCUUGAUCGAUGGGUUAUGCAAGAAUGGAAUGAUCUCUGAUGCAAAAAUGGUGAUGGGAUUAAUGACAAGCAACGGUAUUUCCCCAGAUACAGUAACUUAUACUACUUUACUCCAUGGGUACUGCAAAAGAGGCAAAGUUUUUGACGCCAACAGAGUACUCCAAGAGAUGAUGAUUAAUAAUUGUGCUCCAAAUGCUCAUACUUGCAACAUUUUGCUACACAGCCUCUGGAAGGAGGGGAGAACAUCAGAGGCAGAGAAACUGCUGCAAAAGAUGAACGAGAGAGGUUAUGGUAUAGAUACCGUGACAUGCAAUAUCGUGAUUGAUGGUCUCUGUAAUAAUGGGAAAUUGAACAAAGCAAUUGAAAUUGUGAGUGGAAUGUGGACUCAUGGAAGGGCAGCUCUGGGUCACUUAGGGAAUUCUUUUAUUGGCUUGGUUGAUGAUAGUAAUAAUGGAAAAAACUGUAGGCCUGAUUUAAUCACCUAUUCGAUCAUUAUCAGUGGAAUGUGCAAGGCUGGCAAGCUUGAUGAAGCCAAAAAGAAGUUUUCAGAGAUGAUGGGGAAAAAGUUGCAUCCCGAUUCAAUGAUAUACGAUACAUUCAUACAUGGUUUCUGCAAAGAAGGAAAGAUAACAUCGGCAUUUCGAGUUUUGAAAGACAUGGAAAAGAAAGGUUGCAACAAGAGCCUGCAAACUUAUAAUUCAUUGAUCCUUGGUCUAGGGAGUAAAAAUCAAAUAUUUGAAAUAUAUGGGCUGCUAGAUGAUAUGAAAGAAAAAGGAGUUUCUCCUGAUGUUUGUACGUAUAAUAAUAUGAUUAGUUGUCUCUGUGAAGUGGGAAGAAUCAAAGAUGCCACUUCUCUUUUAGAUGAAAUGCUGCAGAAGGGUAUAUCUCCUAAUAUUCCUUCUUUUAAAAUACUAAUCAAAGCUUUCUGCAAGGCAUGUGAGUUUGAAGAUGUACAAGAGGUAUUUGAGAUAGCUUUGAGUGUAUGUGGCCAUAAGGAAGCUUUGUAUAGUCUGAUGUUCAAUGAAUUUUUUCUUGGAGGGGAAGUUUCAAAAGCUAAAGAAAUUUUUGAAGCUGCAUUAGAAAGAAAUCUAUGUGUGGGGAAUUUCCUUUAUAAAGAUCUUAUUGAUAAACUUUGCAAAGAUGAAAAGUUAGAGGAAGCAAGUGGCUUCAUUUAUUAUAUGAUUGAUAAGGGAUAUGGGUUUGAUCCUGCAUCAUUCAUGCCAGUGAUUGAUGGGUUGGGUAAGAAAGGAAACAAACCUGAGGCUGAUCUGCUUGCCGAGAGAAUGAUGGAAAUGGCUUCAGAAGGUAGUGUAAAAGAUAAAGUUUACAGACGUGGGGAGAUUGAUCUUAAAAACUCACACAAGAGUGGUGGAAGUGAUUGGCAGACCAUAGUGCACAGAAAUGAUGGCAGUGGAGUUGCACUGAAAACUCUUAAAAGGGUAGAGAAAGGCUGGGGUCGUGAAAGUAUAUUAAGUUCGCAGCCACAACAUAACGAGUUUGUUGAUUACGAGGACGCUAACAAUUAAAUCUCUCAACUCCCUGCAAUAGCUUAGUGGAACAGCCAGAGAACUGAGAAGUUGUUGAUCCGCUCUAUAUCUCAAGGUUUUCCCCUACAAAUUAUUGAAUGUAGAAAGGGAUUUUUGGGUCAAUCUAUACGAAAUUAUCAGUUAUCUAUUUUAAGGUUUGUUUCAGUAUGCUGGAACAAUUACUCUUGCUGUAUGAAUGUAAAUUAAUUCUUGAAAAAGUACAUUAGUACUAGAAAUAAAAAAAAAAGAUUAAGCCUAAUAAAUGUGUUUUUUUUCUUCAUA